AUGAGCAUUGCAGAGCUCCUUGCAAAUACACUCUCCGCCGACCAGCAAGUUCGUAGCGAUGCGGAAAAACAAUUGCAAACUUUUGCAGUCAACAAUUAUGGGCAAUACGCGGUAUUGCUGGCUCAAGAGCUUGCUAACGAAUCAGCGCAAUCAUUUAUUCGUACAUCUGCUGGACUGGCCUUAAAAAAUUCAUUAGUUUCAAAUGAGGGACAAAGAAAGCUUGAAAUUUCGCAACGAUGGCUAUCUUUAGAAGAGACCAAUAGGACGAAUAUCAAACAAACGGUGUUUAUGACAUUAUCAUCCGCAGAUUCUAGAGCCUCAUCUACAGCUGCACAGGUGGUCGCAGCAAUCGCGGCGAUAGAACUUCCACAAGGGCAAUGGCCUGAUCUAAUCAAAAAUAUGUUAGAGAGUAUACAAAAUACUGAUAACUCUCAACUCAAACAAGCUACAUUGACAGCUAUUGGAUUUGUUUGCGAGUCAAUUGUAACCGCACAAUCGGGUUCUAUCCUAACUUGCAUUGUUUCAGGUGCCAGGAAGGAAGAACAAAACCAAGAGGUUCGGCGUGCAGCUUUAAAUGCUCUAUAUAAUUCCUUAGAAUUCACCCGAGACAAUUUCGAGAGAGAGGGUGAACGUAAUUUUAUUAUGCAAAUAGUAUGUGAAGCUACGCAAAGUACCGAUGUGAAUGUACAAGGCGCGGCAUUUGAAUGUUUGGUGCGAAUUAUGCAGAUAUAUUACGAUAAAAUGCGGUUUUAUAUGGAAAAGGCCUUAUUUGGGUUAACUGUUGUUGGAAUGAAACAUGAUGAUGAACGAGUAGCGCUUCAAGCUGUUGAAUUCUGGUCGACGGUUUGCGAAGAAGAAAUUGAUUUAGCUCAAGAGGCUUUAGAGGCUGCUGAAACUGGAGAGCAGCCAGAUCGUUUGAGCCAUAACUUUGCAAAAGCUGCUCUUCCCGAAAUUUUACCUGUACUCUUGUGGCUGCUCACAAAACAGGAGGAAGAGGCGGACGAAGAAGAUUGGAAUGUUUCAAUGGCUGCUGGAACAUGUUUAGCUCUACUAGCUCAAUGUGUUGAAGAUGCCGUCGUUGGACCUGUUAUUCCUUUCGUAGAAAAUCAUAUUCGAAGCAGUGAAUGGCGAUUUCGUGAAGCAGCCGUCAUGGCUUUUGGAUCUAUUCUUGAGGGUCCUGAUCACAAAAUGCUCGCGAAUCUAGUAAAUCAAGCUUUGCCUGUUUUGAUUGAGAUGAUGAAAGAUCCGUCACCUCAAGUCAAAGAUACUACUGCAUGGACUUUGGGACGGGUCUC